AAUUGAGAAAAAAACAAAAUAAGAUUAAUAAAAUGUGAUAUAAAUAUAAGUUACAGUACAAAUUCUUUUGUAAUUUUUUUUUUUUUUUUUAAUACUGUGUAACUUUUAAUACUGUUUAACUUUUUGAAAUGUUGUUUGUAUAACUUGUAACUUCACAGUUUUUUAUUAUUUAAAUAAAUGUACAAGAAGAAAAAUAGGAUGGAAAAGAUUUAUAAAAAAAAAAUGAAUAUAUAACGUAUAAUAACAUCGAACAUAAUUACGUGUGCAAGGCUGUCGUGCGGAUUUUUUUACUUUGUUGUUGUUGGCCGCGUUACCCGUAAGCUCGUGGAUCACUGGAGUCGCAUUACAUAAGUUGACACGAAGCGACGGAGCAACGAAUGGAGGUGGAAGACCACUGCAAUCCGAGAACAUUGUGCACACUGUGGCUAUUUCGAACCUCGAGCUCUAUCUGAUCAUAAACCGAGUUGAUCACAUCGAAUAUUUUUUUCGAACUGUAUUGUUUUCAAUUUUCAUUAAGUUGUACGUAAUAGCAGAACAGGGAAACAUUUACGUGUGCGCGCUCUAUUUGAAUAAUAUUUCUUCUUUUAUUUUUUGAAGUUUUUAUCGGAUUUAUCAACAUUCGUAUAAAUAAAUUGCACAUCUGUUCCAAAAGAGCUUGAUUCCAAAGGAAAGGAUUAUAUGGAAUUAUUAUCGUAUUUUAUGGCGUGUUAAAUAACAAUUUUUGUUUAUCAUUGUUCGAAAACCGGUUCGGUGCCUCUUAAAUAAGAUUGAUCGCAGUUUUAUUUAUUAUAUCUAUGUUCGGUGAUACUUACGUUUCGCAGAAUAAUUCGAAGGAAAAUUAUAGAUGAAACUGAUAAGAAAUUAAAUCUGGGAAAAAAAGGAAAAUAUGACUGCAACAGAAGAAACUGAACCUUUGAUAUCAUCGAAAGGUUUAACUACUUGUCGGAAUAAACCACAAACGAUCUUAUAUGAUGCGAUUUCAUUGGAAGAAAAUGAAAGAAUCGCAGUAUCGAAUUCCAAGAUAUCGUCGUUCAAAUUAAAGCCGAUCUUACAUUCGAGAAUAGGGAUAACACCGAAGGAUACAACAUUCGUACAGCAUUCCACAGGAAAUACCGAAAACGAAUCAAUUACGUAUACAUGGAGCGAUUUAAACGUAUAUGCCGCUAAAGUAAACGAAAAGCCAUGGGAAUUUUUUUUGAAAAGAAGAAAAUCUAUCGAACGAAGACAUUUAUUGAAAGAUGUAUGCGGAGUUGCAUAUCCAGGUGAAUUGUUGAUAAUUAUGGGAUCAUCAGGAGCUGGUAAAACAACAUUAUUAAACGCUUUGACAUUUCGAUCGGGUUGCGGAGUGAUUGCAUCUGGAGUGAUGGCUGCAAAUGGGCGAAGAGUAUCUUCUACGAUACUGACAUCGAGAACCGCGUAUGUGCAACAAGAUGAUUUAUUCGUUGGCACUUUAACCGUUAAGGAACAUCUUUUGUUUCAAGCUAUGGUUCGUAUGGAUCGAAAAAUACCCAUGGAGCAAAGAUUCGAUCGAGUGCAUCAAGUAAUUAACGAGCUUGCAUUAACCAAAUGUAAAAAUACGGUAAUUGGUCAACCGGGAAGAAUUAAAGGUCUUUCCGGAGGUGAAAUGAAAAGAUUGUCAUUCGCAUCAGAAGUUCUUACCGAUCCACCGUUGAUGUUUUGUGACGAACCUACAUCAGGCCUCGAUUCUUUUAUGGCGCAUCAAGUAGUUUCGGUAUUGAAGACUUUAGCCGCACGUGGUAAAACGAUCGUCGCUACAUUGCACCAACCUUCCUCAGAAUUAUUCGCUCUAUUCGAUAAAAUUCUAUUAAUGGCUGAGGGAAGAGUAGCCUUCAUGGGUACGACAUCGCAAGCUUGCACUUUUUUCGAAACACUUGGCGCUGCUUGUCCUAGUAAUUAUAAUCCGGCGGAUUAUUUUGUUCAAAUGUUGGCGAUUGUACCUGGACAAGAAACGUCUUGUCGUCAUGCGAUAAACACUGUAUGCGACGCCUUCCAAAAAAGUGAACACGGUAUUAAAAUUGCAUUAGAAGCAGAGGCAAUAAAUAAUGAAUUCGAUGAUUCGAUGCGAGAUUCGAAAUAUUCGAAAAAUCGAUCGUUGUACAAAGCAAGUUGGUGCGAACAAUUUCGUGCAGUUUUAUGGCGUUCCUGGUUAUCGGUUAUCAAAGAACCUAUCCUCAUUAAAGUUCGUCUGUUACAGACUGUUAUGGUUUCUUUAUUGGUGGGAAUCGUUUAUUUCAAUCAACGAUUAGAUCAAGACGGAGUAAUGAAUAUCAAUGGUGCUUUAUUUAUAUUUCUCACCAAUAUGACUUUCCAGAACGUUUUUGCCGUAAUCAAUGUUUUUUGCGCAGAACUACCGAUAUUUUUACGGGAACAUCGAAACGGCAUGUAUCGUACAGAUGUAUAUUUUCUGUGUAAAACGCUCGCAGAAGCGCCUAUUUUUAUAGCAGUACCGCUUCUCUUCACUGUUAUUGCUUAUCCCAUGAUUGGAUUGUAUCCGGGAAUCGAUCAUUUUUUCAUUACCGCUGGUAUUGUUGCUCUCGUUGCUAACGUUUCGACAUCUUUUGGCUAUUUAAUAUCCUGCAUUAGCAACAAUUUAUCCAUGGCGUUAUCCAUCGGACCACCAGUGAUAAUACCGUUUUUGCUUUUUGGUGGAUUUUUCUUAAAUACAGCAUCCGUUCCAUUCUAUUUUGAAUGGUUCUCCUAUUUAUCUUGGUUUCGGUAUGGAAACGAAGCUCUUCUUAUCAAUCAAUGGUCGGAAGUAGAAUCUAUAGAAUGUACAAGAAGCAAUGCAACUUGUCCUAAAUCUGGUCGAAUGGUUUUACAAACGUUCAAUUUUAAACAGGAACAUUUUUGGAUGGAUAUCGUAUGCCUUUUUUCCUUAAUUAUUGCAUUUCGUUUUUUGGCAUUUCUGGCUCUACUAUUAAAAACUCGGGGCAAUUACAAACAAAGGUACGUUUUAAAAGAAGGUAAAUGGUUUCGUAAAAAACGUAAUUAUCUUACGGAAGAUGAUACGGGAGGUGUGACGCUUACAUGGAAAAAUCUUUCUGUAUAUGCGAUGGAUCGUGGUCGAAAAAAUGUGCGCAAACGAUUAAUCGAUAACGUACGGGGUGCAGCAGAACCGGGAAAUCUAACAGCAAUAAUUGGUGCAAGUGGAUCUGGUAAAAGUUCAUUGAUAGCGGCUCUGGCUUUUCGCACGGGAUCCGAAAAUUUAAUUCACGGUGAUAUACGAGCAAAUGGAAUGACGAUAGAUUCCUCUUAUAUGAUGCAGAACAGUGGUUACAUGCAUCAAGAAGAUAUAUUUGUCGCGACAAUGACAGUGAUCGAACAUCUUUGGUUUAUGGCUCGAAUGAAACUUGACGGAAAUUUACGAGUAUUGGAUAUUGAAAGAAAAAUUGACAAUUUAUUAAAAGAUGUUGGCUUAACGAAUAGACGGGAUGUACGAAUUGGUAAUAGCAUUGAUGACAAAGUAUUGUCUGGCGGUGAAAAAAAGAGGUUGUCUUUUGCUACAGAAUUAUUGACAGAUCCAAAGAUAUUAUUCUUGGAUGAACCGACAACUGGGCAAGAUUCUCAUUCGGCAAAUUGUGUGAUUUCCCAAUUGAAAUCAUUCGCAGCAAAAGGACGAACAGUAUUAUGUACCAUACAUCAACCAAGUUCUGAUAUAUUCAGUUCUUUUGAUCGAAUAAUAUUAAUUGCCGAAGGUCGAGUUGCAUUUUCAGGUCGAAUCGAUCAAGCGGUAGAAUUUUUUGCAAGUGAGGGCUACGAAUGUCCGCGAAAAUAUAAUCCUGCUGAUUUCCUGAUAGCGAUUGUAGCCACGGGAUCGAAAAAUAAAGAUGGUGAACAAAUAGGUCACAAGAUAUGCGAUAUUUUUUUAAAUAGUAAAGCUUCCAACGAAAUCGAUCGUAUCAUAGAGAAACAGAGUUCAAUAUCUUCUUUGACCAUUAAAACUAGCUCGUAUAAGAAGAAAAAGAGACGACAUUGUUCACGACUUUUCUGGUUAAUUUAUCGUCAUUUCUUACAAGUUUUGAGAGAUCCAUCGGUACAAAUAAUUAGAAUAUUUCAAAAAGUGAGUGUCGCAACGAUCGGUGGUUUGUGUUUUAUGGGUGCUGUAAAUUUUGAUCAACUCGGGAUUCAAGCUGCACAAGGUGUUAUUUUUAUACUGGUAUCUGAAAAUGCAUUUUUUCCAAUGUAUGCUACGUUAGCCUUGAUACCGCAGGAAUUACCUCUCCUUCGAAGAGAAUAUCGAGCUGGAAUGUAUCCGAUUUAUCUGUAUUAUAUUGCACGUAUAUUUUCUUUGAUACCUGGUUUAAUAAUAGAACCGCUAUUGUUUACGGCGAUUCUAUAUUGGUUAGCUGGAUUGCGAGACAAUAUCGAAACUUUUGGAUUUACGUUACUUGUUCUUCUACUUACCAUAAAUGUAUCGACUGCAUGUGGAUGUUUUUUUUCAACGGCAUUUGAAAGUGUACCUUUGGCAAUGGCUUACUUGAUACCAUUCGAUUAUAUUCUUAUGAUUACUAUGGGUCCAUUUCUCAAAUUAGGAUCAUUACCAAUAUAUAUCCAAUGGGUAAAAUAUAUUUCUUGGUUAUUACAUUCUACCGAAGCGCUUACAAUUUUACAAUGGAACGAUGUACAUAAUAUAUCUUGUGAAGAAACUGAUCCUGAAUUACCUUGCAUUACCGAUGGAAUUCAAGUUCUACAUCGCUACGAUUUUAAUGAAACUAAUUUUUGGAUGGACAUUAUAUUAAUGAUUACUAUUUAUUUCGUUUUUCAUAUUUUUGCUUAUAUGUGUCUGUGGAACCGUUGUAGAUGGAAAUGAGAUAAAAAUAUAUCAUCAUUUGUCAAUAA